AGCGCUGGAGAACCCGCAGGAGGGAGUAAGGCUGCUGUGGCAGAGGUGGGGGUGUUAAAUCGGAUCAGGCCAACAAAACGCCCAGCCCGGUGUCCUGACUGCCAGCCGCCGGCCCCAGUGCUUCAGAGGAAGCUGGACGAUUAUGGAGUAGCCCUCCUGGAGGAGUUUCCUUCUGAGCCCAGACAGGGUGACUGAGGCACCAACCCUCCGGCCGUGGAAGCAUGUCGGGGCCCGUGCCGAGCCGAGCCAGGGUCUAUGCGGACGUGAACACUCAGAGACCCCGCGAGUACUGGGACUACGAGUCGCACGUCGUGGAAUGGGGCAACCAAGAUGACUACCAGCUUGUGCGGAAGCUCGGGCGCGGCAAAUACAGUGAAGUCUUUGAAGCCAUUAACAUCACCAACAAUGAGAAAGUUGUGGUGAAAAUCCUCAAGCCAGUAAAGAAGAAGAAAAUCAAGCGAGAAAUCAAGAUCCUGGAGAAUCUGCGCGGAGGCCCCAAUAUCAUCAGCUUGCUAGAUAUCGUCAAAGACCCCUCUCGCACGCCUGCCCUCGUCUUCGAGCAUGUCAACAACACGGACUUCAAGCAAUUGUACCAGACGCUCUCGGACUUUGACAUCCGGUUCUACAUGUACGAAAUCCUCAAGGCCCUGGAUUACUGUCACAGUAUGGGCGUCAUGCAUCGAGACGUCAAGCCACACAACGUCAUGAUCGACCACGAGCACAGAAAGCUCCGCCUGAUAGACUGGGGGCUGGCUGAGUUUUACCACCCCGGGCAGGAGUACAACGUUCGGGUAGCCUCCAGAUACUUCAAGGGACCAGAGCUCUUGGUAGACUACCAGAUGUACGACUACAGCUUGGACAUGUGGAGCUUAGGCUGCAUGCUGGCCAGCAUGAUCUUCCGGAAGGAGCCCUUCUUCCACGGCCACGACAACUACGACCAGCUCGUGCGGAUCGCGAAAGUGCUGGGCACGGAGGACCUGUACGACUACAUCGACAAGUACAACAUCGAGCUGGACCCCCGCUUCAAUGACAUCCUCGGCAGACACUCCCGCAAGCGAUGGGAGCGCUUCGUGCACAGCGAGAACCAGCACCUGGUGAGCACGGAGGCACUCGACUUCCUGGACAAGCUGCUGCGCUACGACCACCAGACACGGCUCACCGCCCGGGAGGCCAUGGAGCACCCCUACUUCUAUCCCAUAGCGAAAGACCCUGCACGGAUGGGCCCCUCAGCUGGCCUGGCAGCCAGCAACACACCCGUCAGCGCCUCCAGUAUGUUGGCAGGUAUUACCUCGAUGUCCGCGUCCCAGCCCAUGGGCAGCCUGGCCGCUUCGCCCGUCAUCUCCUCUCCGAACGCUCUGGGCUCGCCAGUCCCCGCAGCUGCCGGGGUGCAGCCCUGAACUCACGUCGCAACCUCCGGCUUCUCGCACCACUGGGCUCACACCUGCCUUGUGCCCUCCUGCCCCAUCCCUCCGGGAGCCGACGGCCCGUGCCGCCCGCCUGCCCGCCUGUGGCCGCUGCUCCCGGAGGCAGGAAGCAGGGGAGGGGCCCUCUCUGGAAUUUUAUUUUUAUUUCUGUUGAGUAAGAAAGAAAAGAGAAAAGAGCAAAAACUGUAGGUCCCUUUUUUCUCCCCCCCCUCCCUCCUCUGUGCAGUAACAAUAUCACACUCUCUGGCUACGGACAAAAGCUGAUCUCUGUCGUGUCUGUGUCGGGGUGAAGCGUCAGCUGCGUUCUUCUCACGAGGAUCAUGGUUAGUGACGCAGCUACCGUGUAGAAAUUUAAAAUGGAGAAUAAAAUUUAUUUUCUAUGUCCCUAA